AUGAAACAAAAUGAUGAACAAAUAACAACUACCGUUCAUGAAAAUGGUUAUGGAUCUGAAUGUAAUUCGAGUUCGAGAAGUAAAGAAGACAUAACUCGUUCAGUACUUGAAAUUGAAGCUGAUGCUUUUACACGUUUUAUUGAACGACAAUGUACUGAAGUUAUGUUUGAAUUACGUCGUUUACGUUUGGAUGAACGACCUGUAACUGAUCAACCAAAUCAUGAACGAAUUGAAACCUUUGUAAAUAAUAUUCACGAACAACAACGAAACAUAAGAACACCAUCAACACGACCUAUUGUACCUAGUGCUCAUCUCGCUGGCAUUGAUGCAUUAGCUAAUCAUCGAUGUGUAUCAGCAGCAUUAAGAAGUACAGCAUUUCGACAAGAUCUUGAAAAUGCUAUUCGACAUUCGAUUGGAACACAAAGAAUAACUCCAGUACAACAAAUUCCACAAGCACUACCUAUGCCACAAACUUUAUCAUCAACUAUUAUAGAACAACAACAUUCACAAAUUACUCAAAGCUCACCAACAUUGUCAGUACAUGGUGAACCACUUAUUAGAGAACAACAACAUUCUCAAAUCAAUCUAAAUCCUACACAUGAGCCAUUCAAUAUUGAAAGACAAGAACGUGAAUUACAUGUAUGGCAAACAAUAACUCAAUUACAACGUGAAAUCAUUGUUUUGGAAAUUAGUGAUCUUGUUCAUGGACAAUUGGUAAUAAGUGCUUUGGAAAGUGAUUUUCGUCGACAUCUUGAACAAAAUAUUUAUACUCGUUUCGAACGAGAAGCACCACCUCAGCAAGAACAACAACCAGUACCAAUAAUUGCAACACCACGCAUUCCACUUGAGUCUGCUCUAAUAUAA